AAAGUAGUACCGAAGGUUUGCCCAUAUCUGAUUCACUCGCACUAUACAUAGAUCUGAACUUAUCAGAUCGUAAAUAUAAUAGUUUACGUGCAAAAAUAAACCGGUUGCAUAAAGAUUGUAUACCGAGCUUAAACGCAUUGCAAACAAAAAAACAAACUUUGCUGCCAACGAUUAAAUCGACUGAAUAUUCAGCCGAAGUUGAUCUGAAAUCAUUAUUGCUGAAAACAACGCAAAGUAUUUUAGAACUAAGCCCAGAUAAUGGUGACAUAACCAAAGCUUCUUUGGUUUGUAAGUGGGGCAUGGAUGGAAGUUCGGGGCAUAGCCGCUAUAAGCAAAAUUUUGGUGACGACAAAUUAACGGAUGAGUUUAUGUUCAUCAUUGCGCUAGUCCCUCUGAGGUAACAAAAAAUUAUCUAAUAUGUCUUCCAAAAACAUUCAAUAGCCUUUAAAAAUAAAUUCGAGUUUAGAUCAGUAAAUGGCAUUUUAAUUUACAUUGACAACUUUUUACAGUAUUAUUUUGCAAAAGGCUGGUCUGAAUUAAUUAAUUUACUCGAUUAGCUAUUUUGCGAUAUGACGGUCUUAUAUCUUUUCGACAAGCCAUAUAAGUUAUUAAAAAAUAAAUAUUUUUUCCAGGUUAAUUGAUUUGUCAUCCAACAAAAAUAUAUGGACCAAUAACAAAUGCUCAUCGUCUUUUUAUUGUCGUCCAAUUAAGUUUAGUUUCAAGAAGGAAAACCGCGAACUAGUUCUAUUCGAAUAUAAUGAUAUGUCGAGAAAAAUUGAGAACUUAGAAGAUGAUGUUGUAAUACGAAACGGAAAAGGGAUUCAAGUUUCUUAUCAAAUGCAUUGCACCAUGAUUGAUGGAUCUGUUGCCAAUAUUUUGACUGGCACUAAUGCUUCCAGUAACUGUUUUAUUUGCCAUGCCAAACCGACCGAAAUGAAUGUUACUAAUUUUACAAAAGUACCAAUCGCUAAUCAUUACAAGUAUGGGUUGUCUACACUGCAUGCUUGGAUUAGAUGUUUUGAGUGUUUACUCCACAUCGCAUACCGUUUAACAUUUAAAUGCUGGCAAGUUCGCAAAGAAAACAAAGACGCCUUUUCUGCGAAUAAAGUUAGGAUUCAAAAUGAGUUUAGGACAAGAUUAGGCUUAAUAGUGGACCAAGUAAAGACUGGAUUUGGAACAACUAAUGAUGGCAACACAGCUCGCAAAUUUUUUUCAAAUGCAGAAGUGGCAUCAGAAAUUACCGGCAUUAAUAAAGAGCUAAUUCAAAAUUUUUCAAUAAUACUGCGAUUAAUAUCGUGUGGAAUGCGUAUUAAUAUCGACGCGUUUAGAGAGCUCCUUAUAAGGACAAGAACAAUGUAUUUGACUGAAUACGAAUGGUACUACAUGCCUAGCAGCGUGCAUAAAAUAUUGAUGCAUGGGUGUGAGGUUAUUGAGUAUUUCGAUCUACCAAUUGGCAAUUUUUCAGAGGAAGCUCUGGAAGCUUUACAUAAACACAUACGUAUCGUACGAUAUGAUCAUACACGUAAAACUGCUCGGGAGCAUACAAACAGAGACUUGAUGUCAUACUUAACAAUAUCAUCAGAUCCUGAAGUAGUUUUUAAAAGGAGUGCUAUCCCAAACAAAAAUGCAGUUUAUACAAUGGACGAGCUGGAAGAGUAUUUAGUCGAUGCUGAAGAAACUUAAAAGUAAUAAGUACCCUUCAGUCAACUCAAUUAGUUUUAUACUAAUCAAAUACUAGUCAGCCACACGGCCUCAACUAGUUCGAGUUCUGUAAUUUUUCCAUAUAAGCAACUGGCCGCGGCGAUGUCCUACGAGAUGGCAAUUGUCCUCUUCUGCAUCAGCACUAUACCAGUUGGCAUACUAGUCAGCCUCUGCAUCAGCAAUAUAUCAGUUGACAUACUAGUCAAUAUAUACAUCAAUAUCAUACCAUUUAAGAUACUAGUUCGUAUAUACGUCAUGAUCGUACCUGUUGGCAUAC